CCUAGAAGAGGCGGAGGGAGAUCUGGAGGGAGGGAGGAAGUGAGAGUUUGCCGCCACUGGUUUGUAACCUUUACUCCGAAGGAAAAGUAUCAUGUGACUAACGGGCAUUUUUAUUUUCUUCUCGGUGCUGGGCUUCUCUCUUCUAUAGUCUCCAUUCUACUUUUAAGAAGAAUGAAGCAGUUGCCUGCAGCUACUGUUCGGCUCCUUUCAAGUUCUCAAGUGAUCACUUCUGUGAUCAGUGUUGUAAAAGAGCUAAUAGAAAAUUCAUUGGAUGCUGGUGCCACAAAUAUAGAUGUUAAGCUGGAAAAUUAUGGAUUUGAUAAAAUAGAAGUUCGAGACAAUGGUGAUGGGAUCAAAGCUGUUGAUGCACCUGUGAUGGCAGUAAAGCACUAUACUUCAAAAAUAAACAGUCAUGAAGAUCUUGAAAACUUAACAACUUAUGGUUUUCGUGGGGAAGCCUUGGGGUCAAUUUGUUGUAUAGCUGAGGUUUUAAUUACAACAAAGACAGCUGCUGACAACUUCAGUACUCAGUAUGCUUUAGAUAGCAGUGGUCAUAUAAUUUCCCAAAAGCCUUCACAUCUUGGACAAGGUACAACUGUAACUGCAUUGAAACUAUUUAAGAAUCUUCCUGUAAGAAAACAAUUUUACUCAACAGCAAAAAGAUGUAAGGAUGAAUUGAAAAAAAUCCAAGACCUUCUUAUAGCCUAUGGUAUUCUCAAACCUGAAUUAAGGAUUAUUUUUACACAUAACAAGGUAAUCAUUUGGCAGAAAAACAGAGUUUCAGAUCACAAAACAGCUUUGAUGGCAGUCCUGGGAACUAGCAUGAUGAGUAAUAUGGAGGCCUUUCAGCAUCACUCUGAAGUAUCUCAGAUUCAUUUGAGUGGAUUUCUUCCAAAGCUUGAUUCUGAUCAUUCCUUGACAAAUCUUUCAACUCCAGAAAGGAGUUUUAUUUUUAUAAAUAAUCGACCAGUACAUCAAAAAGACAUCUUAAAGUUAAUUCGACACUACUACAAUGAGAAAUGCCUAAAAGAGUCAACUCGUUCUUAUCCAAUCUUCUUCAUGAAAAUUGUUGUGCCUACAGCAGAUGUGGAUGUAAAUUUGACUCCUGAUAAAAGUCAAGUAUUAUUACAAAAUAAGGAAUCUGUUUUAAUUGCUGUUGAAAAUGUGUUGACAUCAUGGUAUGGAUCACUACCUAGUACAAAUUCUCGUGAAAAUAAUAAAGCAGAUGUUUCCUCAGUUGACAUGGCUGUUAACAGAACAAUACUAACAGAUGUGCAUAUUAAUGAAAUGGAAUCAUCUGGAAAUAGUUAUUCAAAUGUUGAUAUUUCAACUUUUUCAUUCCAACAUGAAAUGCAGAAUUGUGAAUCAGGAAAUAACACUGAGGUCUGCUUAAAGCAUCAGAUAACUUCUCGUGAUAAUUCUCAUGAUUUUGACAGUGAAAAUUGUAGCACUGAUAAAGCAAAUAAAAAUACAUGUCAGGAUGUCUUUAUAAAUAAUUUUUCUUCAUGUAAGGAUAACCAAGGCCAACAUAGUGAAAUGUUUACUCUAGAUGCUCUAAAGCACAUUCACUCUACAAAUGGUAGUGGAGACAGACCUAUUAAUGAAUUGGAAAAAAAUGAGGAAGCAACAGUAUCUGAAAGGUCUUUUGAAAUCUGUGCGGAUGAUUGGAGUAAGGGAAGUGCACUUAAAAAUCCAUUUGGAAAGAACAUUGAACCUGUGAAAAUUUGUGUGCCAACAGCAAAAGAUUUAACAUCUGAUGUAAAUAUAAAUUGUAAUCAACAAAGUGUUGAACAGAAGAGUCCCAGUGAAAGCCCCAGUAAAAAAAAAUCAAAUGUGAUAGAUGAUAAAUAUGGGCAGCUUACAGCCUAUGAUUUAAUUAGCAACCGAGUAAUUAAGAAACCCAUUUCAGCAAGAGCUCUUUUUAUUCAAGAUCAACGUUCAAAAUGUCUCAGUGAAAAUCCAAAGACCUGUGUAAAGGAUAUGACAGCACAAAUUGAAGAACUGUGGAAGACAUUGAGUGAAGAGGAAAGAAUGAAAUAUGAAGAAAAAGCUACUAAAGAUCUAGAACGUUACAAUAAGCAAAUCAAGAAAGCUACUGAGCAGGGGUUACAAAGAACACUAAAAGAUAAUGACGGGAAAAGAUUGAAACUAACAGCAGCACAGAAUCUGGCACAGAAACAGAAUCUGAAAACUUCAUUUUCUAAUCAGCCAAAGCUUGAUGAACUUUUUCAAUUGCAAAGUGAGAAAAGGAAAAACAAGGCACAAAAUACAAAAAUUGUACAGGUUCCUUUUUCUAUGAAAACCUUAAAAUUUAAGUAUGACAAGUAUAUGAAGGGUGACUUUCUUCAUAAAGAACAACUUUGCCUGAUUCACCAUUUAAGUUUUCCUGAUGCAUGGGUAAUUGGUUCCAAAACAGAGAUUAUGUUGUUAAAUCCAUACAGAGUGGAAGAAGCUUUACUUUUUAAAAGACUAAUUGAGAAUCAUAAACUUCCUGCAGAGCCACUGGAAAAUCCAGUGAUAUUAACAGAGAGUCUUUUCAAUGGAUCGCAAUAUUUAGAGAUCUUAAAUAAAAUGACAACAGAUGAUCAAGACUUCAGUGGUUCGAUCUAUUUCUCUGAUCCACGUCUUACAGCAAAUGGAUUCAGGAUAAAAUUGAUACCAGGAACUUCAGUUACUGAAAACCAUCUGGAAAUAGAAGGAAUGGCUAAUUGUAUCCCAUUCUAUGGAAUAUUGGACUUAAAAGAAAUCCUUAAUGCAGUGCUAAAUAAAAAUGCAAAGGAAGUUUAUGAAUGUAGACCUCGUAAAGUAAUAAAUUAUUUAGAGGGAGAAGCAGUGCGUCUUUCUCGACAGCUACCUUUAUAUUUAUCAAAAGAAGAUGUACAAGAUAUUAUCUAUAGGAUGAAGCGACAGCUUGGAAAUGAAAUUAAGGGAUGUGUUCAUGGUCGCCCAUUUUUUCAUCACUUAACACACCUUCCAAAAACUAUGUGAUGCUUGCUUACAAAUUAUUCAGUAAGGUGGAAUAUUUUGUUUUUUUCUUUUCCAUUAAGGAAUCUUUCUUCCUUUAAAACUUUAUAAUCACGUAUUAAGCAUUUUUUGUAUUAUCUUAUGUUACAAAUGAUUGUUUUAAUUAAGAUUCACCAUUUUGUAAACUGAAAUAAAUUACACAUAUGUAUAAAAAGUCUAA